AUAGGUGAGAAACUGGAAAAGCAAAACUCACUGUACGCACAGUGUCGCAGAGGGACAGAGCUAGAGCAGUGUCUGAGUGAAACAUCCAUUCCUUCCUCCUCCUCUUCCUCCUCGUGAUUCCCGAACAUUCUCUUCUUAUUCCAGCUCCACGCGCGCGAUUCCACUCUCAAUACUCGCGCCAUUCUUCGUCUUCUUCUUCUUCUGUAAAAAAUCUUAGGGUUUGCUGAAUGCUGAAUGCGGCUUUGCUCGCACACUGACUCUUCACAUUACAAUGUCCGGCCCUCUCGACCGUUUCGCCAGACCAUGUUUCGAAGGUUUCUCCGGGAGUGACGAGAAGAAGGAGCGGAGAUCUGAUUUUGAGAACUCCGAGGACGAACGGAGGACCAGAAUCGGAUCUCUCAAGAAGAAGGCGCUGAAUGCGUCGUCCAAGUUCAAACACACGCUGAAGAAGAAGAGCAGCAGAAGGAAGAGCGAUGGCCGCGUCAGCUCUGUUUCCAUCGAGGAUGUUCGGAAUUUCGAGGAGCAGCAGGCUGUUGACGCAUUUCGUCAGUCCUUGAUCAUCGACGAAAUGCUCCCCGAAAAACACGAUGAUUACCAUGUCAUGUUAAGGUUUCUAAAAGCGAGGAAAUUUGAUGUUGAAAGGGCGAAGCAUAUGUGGGCUGAUAUGCUACAAUGGAGGAAGGAGUUUGGUGCUGACACUAUUAUGGAGGAUUUUGAGUUCGUAGAAUUAAAUGAAGUUAUGAAGUAUUAUCCGCAUGGUCAUCACGGCGUUGAUAGGGAGGGAAGGCCUGUUUACAUUGAGAGACUUGGGAAAGUAGAUCCGAACAAACUUAUGCAGGUUACAACCAUGGAUAGAUAUGUGAAAUACCAUGUACGGGAAUUUGAGAAAGCUUUUAAGAUAAAGUUUCCUGCUUGCACAAUUGCCGCCAAAAGACACAUAGAUUCAAGCACCACGAUAUUAGAUGUUCAAGGAGUGGGCCUCAAGAACUUUACAAAGUCUGCCCGGGAACUAAUUUUGCGGUUACAAAAGAUUGAUGGUGACAAUUACCCUGAGACUCUUUGUCAAAUGUUUAUCAUAAAUGCCGGCCCUGGAUUUAGGUUACUGUGGAACACCGUCAAGUCUUUCCUUGAUCCCAAAACAACUUCAAAGAUCCAUGUUCUUGGAAAUAAGUAUCAAAGCAAAUUGCUUGAAGUAAUCGAUGCCAGCGAGUUGCCGGAAUUUCUGGGAGGUACAUGUACAUGUGCAGAUCAGGGUGGUUGCCUCAGAUCUGAUAAGGGACCCUGGAAAAACCCAGAAAUUUUGAAGAUGAUUCUUAGCGGUGAAGCACGAAGAGCAAGGCCUGUUGUAAAAGUUCUAAACAGUGAAGGAAAGGUUAUUGCAUAUGCCAGACCACAAUACCCAAUGGUAAAAGGUAGUGACACAUCCACAGCUGAAUCAGGGUCUGAAGCUGAAGAUAUUGCUUCUCCAAAAGCGAUGAAGAGCUACUCUCACCUUAGGUUGACACCUGUUCGUGAGGAAGCUAAGGUUGUUGGAAAGUCGAUCUAUGUUGGUGGUGGUAACUUGGCUGGGUAUGAUGAAUAUGUUCCGAUGGUGGACAAAGCUGUUGAUGCUGGCUGGAACAAACAAGCAUCACUCCAGAGGGCUCAAACUUCAAAAGGAACACCUUCCCUCCCUGAUCCUCCACAAACUCCCAUAGGGGUUCGAGCUCGGAUGUUGGGGGCUCUAACUGCUUUCUUUAUGAUGCUGUUUACCCUCUUCCAUUCAGUCGCAUACCGUGUGACCAAGAAACUUCCUGCCUCACCAUCUAAUGAGGAUCAGUGCACUUCAGAGACACCCGUUAGUACAACAAGCGAAGACAACCAUCCUCCGUCACCAACUCCAGCACACACAGAGGCAAAUCUCCUUUCCUCAAUGGUGAAAAGGUUAGGUGAGCUUGAAGAGAAGGUUGACACACUCCAAUCUAAGCCAUCUGAGAUGCCUUAUGAGAAAGUGGAAUUGCUAAAUGCUGCUGUAUGUCGGGUGGAUGCUUUGGAAGCAGAGCUAAUUGCAACUAAAAAGGCUCUAUAUGAAGCAUUAAUGAGGCAAGAAGAGCUGCUUGCUUACAUUGAUAGUCAAGAAGAAGCUAAGUCGCGGAAGAAGUUUUGCUGGUGAGUUUUGGCUGGCUGAUACAGGGACUCUGGGAGAGGGCAUUUUUUCGAAUCAUGGUGUUCCUAGUGCCGACACCUUGCACAUUAGGUUGAUCCCUGAACACUAAUUUUCUGUUUAAUGCGUACACUCGAGAGUUGUGUCAACCUCGUGUAUAGCUAAUAGCUUUUUUUCCGGAUUAAAAACAACCCUUGUUUUUGCUCUCUGCCCACCUUUAUUAUAUUUGGUGUGAUUGUCUCGUUAAUUGGAGAAGCGUGCCCUUCUGAUGA